UCCGAGCGUGACGCUGUUUAUUUUUAAAGUUAGAAUAUAUCACGCGUUAAUGUCACGCUAAUAAUAAAAUUAGCUAAAGUUCAAUCAUUCGUCAGUAUCGACACCUUUUAGGGAUGUGCUUAAAAGAAAUUGCGAUAAAAUUGUCGUACCAUACAUUAAUGCCACAACGGUUUUCAAAUUUAUCAAUAAGUUUUUACAAAAUAAGUACAAUUCUCUAUUAGGUAUGAGCUAUCUAUAUACUUUUACUUUAUAAGAUUGUGCACCUACAAUAUCCUGCAAAAAAUAUAUAGGUACAUCGAAUGUCCAUGAUACGUAACUCUAUUUGAUAUACUAUUUCUUUCUAAUCUCAGAAUACUUACUACCAAUAAUACUAAUAAAGAAAAAAAUGUUUUACUCCAAUAUUCUUCAAGUCUUUCUUUUACGCAGGGAAAAAAGACGUUAUUGCUACUACCACCUGGAAGACGAAUGGAACGGUCAUGUUUUCACCGGUCUUUUUGCCCAAUGUCGACAUUCAGGAGUAUAGCAUAAUCCGAGAGAGCAUUGGAGUCCCUAAUCCUAUGUAUACCCUGCACUGGUAUACCAACCAAAACUCGCGGUGGCCUUUUUCAGCGCAUACGAGACGGCUCUGGGGUAUUUUGUUGCAUUAAGGUAACUGCGCGGAACCUUGCCUGCGUGUUACCGCACUGUGGCACCUUUCUAAUUGAGGUGCUAAGAUGCCCCUAUACGCUAAAGAAUAUCUUUGGCGUCUACGACAUCGGGACACCGACUACGCGUAUUGUCGUCCACCACGGAGUCGUUGUAGCCUGCGCUCGCACCGCAAUUCUCUCUGAGCCCUAAUUAGUUGCCUCUUACGACAGGCAGGGAUGCCGUGACGGAAUUCUCUAGAUACCCGUCAGUCGUCUACCCGGCAUCUUCUUCCGUGUUCUGCACACGAUCCCGCUCGGCACUUACACGUCGAAGAUUCUCCAACCCUGUGAUAUACACUGGGAAGAGUAUCUUAGAAAAGGAAGAAGCGUAUAUAUUUUUAGAAGAGCACAAGAUAUGCUAGUGAGAUAGUUUUAUACUCGACAAGAAAGUGGCUAAGAAUCUGCUAACUUGCCGUUGAUGCUAGAUGACCUUAUUCGUACAUCAUAUAUCUACGUUGAUUUAUGUAUAUAAGUUAAUAUAAAAAGAAUGAAUAAGUGUUCACGACAGCAUGUGAGACAACCAUAACGUCUACAAAUAUAGAAUCACUACUAUAAAAGAACGAGUGUUGUUGGAUCUUGUUCAAUUCGAUAGUAUAUGAAGUGCAGUUUGCAUCUAUGAUGGAUUACAUGAAUUUUUGUCCGUUGCGCUUAUUCGACAGAGACUUCGAUAGUUAUCUGAAACCAUUUCAUUCGAGACAUUACUUUAGACCGUGGUACAAGAGUGGUUAUGGAAAAGAAUUUGGCUCAACAAUCCAAGAAACAAAAGAUAAAUACAAAAUUAAUUUAGACGUACAACAUUUUCAACCGAACGAAAUAAAUGUUAAAGUUACCGAUAAGGAGAUAAUUAUAGAAGGCAAACAUGAGGAGAGACAAGAAGACAGCAGUUUCGUAUCAAGACAUUUCACGAGGCGUUAUCCUUUACCAAGCAACUGUCCACCCGACAACGUAUGUUCUACAUUGUCUUCAGAUGGAGUGCUUUCAGUUGUUGCUGAAAAGAAAAUUACCAAAGGAAAUGAAAAGAUCGUACCGAUACAAAUAAGUGGAACGUGUCCCAUGAAAACUCACAUGAAAACAAGAAUAACACAAACUUCAACAGGUAUUACUCAGAAGGACAUAGAUGAUGCAAUAAGAGAAGCCAGAGAACUUAUAAGUAUGGAUAAGGCGAAGUUGAUAAAAGAAGAACACAGUCGUUUACUGAAACCGGAACUUUUAAAAGAAGCUGUUACGGAAAAGGUAGAGGAAUUAAACGACAAAUUCAAUAGAUCUGGUGAUAAAGACAAAAUGCAAUCGAAUGUGAAACUGUCCGAUCUAAUGGAUGAAAUGGCACAGAGCAGCUCAGCUUCAUCUUCAGAGACCUACGGUUCGAACAGUAGAUCAGAAACAAUACGGGAAGAGAAGAAAUCAUCAUCGUAUAAAUCAUCUAUGACAUCAAGCAUGAAGGCUAGUGAAUACAUUAGUGCUGAACUUAGUGAUGCGGCAGAGAAUGUAUAAACAUACGACUCGGACUUACAAUGUUUAUU